AUGACAGACAUAUCUAAUACUUUUGAAUAUGAGAAUGGUUUACCUAAAUUUCCAAUACCAACUAUUGAUAAUACAUUGAAUCAACUUUUAAAAAGUCUGGAACCUUUAUAUUAUGCUGAUGGUUAUUAUAAACAUCCAUUAGAUUUAGAACAAAUUCAGGAGCUCAAUAAGAUCUUUCAAGAUUUUAAAACAUCAACUAUUUCAAAUUUAUUGCAAAAAAGAUUAAUAGAUUUUAAUAUAGAAAAUGAUUGUUAUUUAGAUAAAUUACAUUUAGACAUUAACAAUCAUCACAGCAAUACAAUAAUGGAUAUGACAAAUGAUGAUAUUUUACCGAGAAAUCCUUUUCUAAUAUUAGCAAACGAUGCAAUUAAGGAUAUUAGCCAGCAAGAUAGAGCCGCUGUAUUAAUUCAUUCUUCAUUAAAAUUUAUAUCUGCUCUCAGAAAAAAUAUUUUACAGCCAGAUUAUACUUAUGCAAAUAUAUCAUCAGAUAGCAAUGACAAUAUUGCUUUUCAGAAAAAAUAUUUAUCAAUGAAACCGUAUUUAAAAUUAUUUGGAACAACAAGAUGUCCUGUUUUUGAAGAAGGGGAAAUUGAACACUUUGAUUUAAACAAAAAAUAUUCCUAUUCAGAUACAAAUUCAAUGGAUUGGUCAGAAGAUGAUGAAGAAGAAGAAGAAACUGAUAAGGAUAGGAAUUUAGAACAAAAAGAAAAUAAAAAUAGUAGACCAGUGACAAGAGAUGGGAGUAUAACCCUUGAGGAUGAGAGUUUAUUUACAAGUCAUGGUAUCACUUACAAAAAUUGUCCGGACUCAAAACAUAUCUUAAUAAUUUCAAGAGGACAAUAUUAUACCUUAGACGUACUGGACACCAACGAUUGUGUCGUUUAUACGGAUGAUGAAUUAAGUUUAAUUUUUGAAUAUAUUAUCAAUGAUUCAAAUCUAGACAGUAAAAAGCUUCCAAGUGUCGGAAAUAAGAAUAACAUGACUGGUGCUACAGCAUUGGGUAGUUUGACUUCAUAUUCUUAUAAGAAUUGGAAAUACGCAAGAAAAAGAUUAGAAAAACGUUAUCCGAAUGAAUUAAAUUUGAUCGAUGCUGCAUUGUUUGUACUGGUAUUGGAUGACACAGGCCUGAGUGGAAAUUCAUCAAUAGAAGUCAAAGACAAUCUUGAUGGGACGUCAGUUGCAGAAGAUGGGGAUAAUAGCUCAGAUGACUGUAAGAGACUAUUUUAUGGAACAUCAACUAUUGAUGAAAAUGGUAAUCAAGUUGGCUCUUGUAUCUCGAGAUGGUAUGAUAAGUUGCAGAUUGUGGUGACAACAGAUGCAAAAGCAGCAAUUAUUUGGGACUCUUUUACUUCAGAUGGGUCAGUGGUUUUGAGAUUUAUUUCAGAAGCCCACGCUGAGAGUGUCCUACGUUUAGCAAGAAAUGUAAAUGAAGACAAAAGUAAGUUUUCUCUAUGGCCCACAGUACAUGACCCAUGUUAUAAUCCUAGAAGCAAUAAACCAAAUAGCUUAAAGGAUGACCUUCCAAGAGUAGUCAAAAAAAUCGAUUGGUCAUUCAGUCACAUAUUAAAUACUCAUAUCCAUUUAUCAGAAACAAAAUUAGCAGAUUUAAUUUCGAAACAUGAUAUUACCAAAGUUUCUGUACCAUUUGGAAAGAAAACAGCGCAAAAACUGGGGGUAAAACCUGAUUCAAUGAUUCAAGUAGCAUUGCAAGUCGCACAUUACGCUUUGUAUGGCCGGUUUGUCUACGGUUAUGAACCAGUUUCAACAAGAAGUUUUAAAAAUGCCAGAUCAGUCUUUAUUAACUUACAAAGUCAAGAUAUAUUAGAAUUGUGUCAAGAAUUUAUAUCAAAUUCUUUGGAGGAUUUAGUGAAAUUGGAUAAAUUUAUUAAUUCCUGCCACAUCCAUGGACAAAAAGUUAAAGAAGCGAAGGAAGGGAACGGAUUCGAAAGACAUUUUAACGCUUUGAAGUAUGUUUAUAAAUUUCAUGAACAUUUUGGAAUUACUGCAAGUAAACAAGAACUACAGAUAGCCAAAAAUCUAUUUGAAAAUCCUUUGCUUACUCCAUUUUCUUCUCCAGAAUUGAUUUUUGCAAACUGCGGAAAUACAGCCACAACCACUUUUGGGAUAACCCCAGCUAUACCUCAAGGUUAUGGCAUUGGGUAUAUCAUCAAAGAUGAACAAUGCGAUUUAACAGUGACAUCACAAUUUAGGCAAGGAAAAAGAUUGAUGUUCAUGUUGAAUUGGGUAUUGCACGAAAUAAGAACAUAUUUUAGAAAAUCAAGAAAUUUGGGAAGAGGAGGUAUUAGAGUAAACCCAUUGGUUGACAAGUUAUAUGCAAUGGAUAAUGCCAAAUACGCAUCAAAAUUAAAUGCAAUGACACAGGGAUCUGGACAUAGUAGCAACAACACCAAUGGAUUCUUUGAUCUCAAGGGACACAUGGAAAGUAGAACUGUUUCCGGAAUGAAUUCCCAUAGUAACUCUUCCCUGGCAUUAAACCAAUCAAACAAAACUUAUUCCUCCAUGAUAAAUUCAAAAGAGUUCAAUGAGGCGGUAAUGUCAUUAAACAUCGAAUCUAAAAAUCAAAAUGGACCUACAGAAGAAGAAAAACUUGGUACUGGUUCUCAAAUCCCAUCAUUGCAACCAAACGAUGAAGAAAGUGAUUCAGAUGAGAAUACCCGUAAUGUUGUAACCAAAUUUGGAGAGUCUGGAUUUAUAUUUCAAAUUGAAGAACAAAAAACCUCUAAUGUCAUUGACUCUAAAUUUGACAUUGAUUUUGACAGAGGUCGGGUCGGGAGGAAAAUAGUGAGUUUUGAAUAG